AUGACCCUACAUGGAUUUUCGAGCAAAGUCGUGUGUAAGGAGUUCCACCUCACAUUGAAGGGAGCGGCAAGAGCAUGGUUCGAGGCUCUAUUGCCCGGGACCAUCAUCAACUUCACCAAGCUAGCUUGUUUCUUCUUGACACAGGUCAUGGCGAGCCGGAAAAUGAGGCGGCCUGCUGCCUACCUCCUAAUGGUAAAGCAAAGGGACGAUGAAAGCCUAAAGUCAUACAUAUCUCGAUUCGAUAGAGAGUGCAUUACAACAUAUGACCAAGAUGAGAAAAUCACCCUAGCAGCAUUGUUGGGGGGAAUUUGGCCUUGCAACCCCUUCAUGACAGAGAUCGCACAAAGGACUCCGACUUUGUUGAGGGAGUUCAUGGACCACGCUGACGGAUUUAUAAAUGCUGAAGACAUGCUCCUAGCACUGACAGCCCCUCGGUGA